CUCAAUUUUUUUUGUUUUUGUUUUAUUCAUCUCCUCUUUUUCUUCUUCACCGGUAUCCGCCUCUCUCUCUCUCUCUUCUCAGUUCUCAUUGAUCGAUCGACUCUCUCUAUUGAGUAUAUACUGUGCAGUGUGCAACUCCGCUGUAUUUCUUCUUCUGGUUCACAGUUUCGAUUCCUCGAAUCAAUUUGCGGUGGUGAUUUUGAUCGGUGAGUUCAAUUUCUCCCUUACCGAGCUAAUCUCUCUGGUCUUUCUCCUUCUCUUUCUGUGCCAAUCCUUCCCCUCAAUUAGGGCCCUCCCUUCCGCAACAUGUGUUGUAGUGCUUCUUUCCCGCCUCCUUCCGCUUCGUUUCAGUUUGGCGAGCGGGAAGGAAGAAUCGAGCUCGAAUUGCUUCGAUUUCGCGGCUCAUUUUGGGGAGGAAAGGAGGGGAGUUAUGAGGAUUGAGCUAGGUCGAGUUUUGCUGAUUGGCGCUCAGUUUAGAGUUGGUCGUGUCUUCGCUCUUCUGAAUUUCUCACUCUCCAUCUUCUAAUUCUGUUCUUCUUGCUCUAGUUAAUGUUCGUCGGAGUAAUGUUAGCUACUGAGUCAGGAAUCCAGCUGUGGGCUUUAGGCUUUCACCGUCUGGGGUUUCUUGCUUCUCGGUGAUGUGGCCGCGGCCGCCUUUCCGAUGCCAAGUUUCCCAGUCCUCAGUCAUUUGAAAGUUUUGCUUUCCCGACUGUUUCGUUUUCCUUGUUUCUGAGAAGUCGGCUGGAGAAUUGAGAUAUUGGCGGCCAUGAACUUUAACAAAUUCAUUCUUCAUCUGUGUUUUCGCUUAUAGAACGUUGCGUGCUCGUUCGGGAAUUUUGCUUCCAAUAAGAUUAGAUCGAGACUGCUGGUUUUCUGAGGGGCGGAGGGAGGGUUCAGUUUAUUCAGUACUAUGGCAUUAGCAUUGUGAUCCUGGAUCAUAUUCUGUCAGUUUUUGGGUAUGGAAAGAAAAUCAAUCAUUGUGCUUCUGCCGUUGUCUCCAUUUCAACCUUUAUCAUAAGUAUCUGUAUGUACUGGUAGAUCUUAUCUUGCUCUUCCCUGAGUAUGAGGUUUUAGUCUGGCAUGCAUGGUCAGAUAUCCAUCUUGGUGCAGCUCGAUAUAACAGUUUUUAAGCUUAGGGGUUCUGGCCGAAGUGUCUCACGGCCUUCUAAUUUAACUAACUGGCCUCUUGGUGCUCCUUAACCUAUUUGCCAAUUGGUUCUAGGUUUGUGGACAUUUCAUGACCUGGUUACAAAGUUUCGUUAAUUGGGUAAUACUUGUUCAAAGUAUCAAAUCUGUUUUAGGGUUGUUGGUGUUAUUCUUAACAUGCAGUACGGACUGGUGCUUGGUCGUGGUCAUUAACUCAUUAUGUGGUCCAGUAAUUAGCUGUUCACAAAUCUAUGGCUAUGUUUGUUUUUUCCUUUUCCGAUGGCUGUAGGAAUGUCACAAUUCAUCUUUUGACCCUGUAUAUAUGUCUAACAUAGUUAUGGUAUUCCCUCUAGCAGUUUAUCUUAAACUCUGAACAUGUCCUACCGAUUCUGUAAUUAUUUGCUUGGAUUUAUGAAAAUUUAAACCCCUCACUUGUGUUCAAUCAAUGUCAUGAUUGGCAAAGUUGACAGAUUACUGCUCCUGCCACUUGGGGCAUGUGGGUCCUUGUUUUACAAUCGUCUUAUCCUGUUAUCUUUCUUUAAUAGUCGCCACUUGUGAGUCGUGAAUUCAUCAAGAAUUUUACUAAUGUAUGCUAUGGUUCCUUUUAAUGUUUCAGAUAAUUAAGGAAGUUAUCCAUGGCUCCAUCAAGAAAAUCUAAAGGUGUGAAUAAGAGGUUCUCAGGUGGUAAUGAGGUUAACACUAAUAAUGGUUCUGAAUUUGCCAACAAAAGUAGGCAGAAGAAGCGCAAGUGGACUGGCAAGUUAGGGCCCAAAUGGACCAAGGAGGAACUUGAACGUUUCUACAAGGCAUAUCGUAAGCAUGGUAAAGACUGGGAGAAGGUAGCUGCUUCUGUCCGCAGCCGGUCUGUAGGGAUGGUAGAGGCACUUUACUCCAUGAACACGGCCUAUUUAUCUCUUCCAAAGGGCUAUGCCUCUGCUGCUGGACUGAUAGCGAUGAUGACAGAUCACUACUCGAAUCUGGGGGACAGUGAGAGUGAACAAGAAGUAAACGAGGCUCCAAGUACCUCUCGCAAACCCCAGAAGCGUGCUCGGGUGACCAAAGGUUCAGAGGGGUCACCAGUUACAGAUCUGUCAAAAUCUCUGUCAGCUGCAUCGAAUUAUGGUUGCUUGUCUUUGUUAAAAAGGAGGCGCUCAGAAAGUAGACCGUGGGCUGUUGGAAAACGGACUCCCCGAGUCCCAGUUUCUUACUCUUAUGACAAAGAUAAAGAAGAGAGCUAUAUUUCACCGAUUCGGCAAGGUCUAAAGUUCAAGGCCAAUGCACUUGAUGAUGAUGAUGAUGUCACACACAGACUUGCAUUAGCACUUACGGUAGCCUCACAAAGAGGUGGCUCCCCACAAGUUUCUCAAACUCUGACCAGGAAAAGAGGUUCUUCCUCACCAGUUCAGAAUGGUGAACAAAUGCGUGCUGAUUCAGAGAUGACUAGUGCAAAGCUUCGCUGUAGCGAAAUGGAUGACAGUGGUUGUGAACUAAGUUUAGGAAGCACAGAAGCUGACACUGGAGAUUAUACAAGGGAUAUAACAUUCUUGAGAGGGAAGAGAUACCAGGGAUGGAGACCAGAACUAGAAGAAAGUGUAGACAAUCAUUUGGAUGAGAUAAAGGAAGCCUGUAGCGGGACAGAGGAAGGACAGAAACUUGGUGCUGGUAAAGGAAGAUUUGAGGCAGAAGUCUCUAAUUCAAAACUGUCAAGGUCCCCAUAUGAUAGGGCUCCCAAGAAGAAAAGCAAAAAACUUCUCUUUGGAGAAGGUGAAGAUAUUGCCUUGGAUGCCUUGCAAACUCUAGCAGAUUUGUCAUUGAGACUGCCAGAUGGACCCAUGGAUACAGAGUCAUCUGUGCAUGCCGAUGAAGGAAAAACUGGAAAUGUUGUCAAGUCUAAGUUGAAAGGCAAUUCUUCGACUUCGGGAGUUAAAAUUACUCCCUCCAAGUCUAAUAAGCAACCAAAAUCUGCACUUGGUGUUAUUGCUUUACCAGAUUCUAAGGAUGGAAGCCAUCAGAUUAAUUCAGGGACUCGUAAAAGGAGGAAUAAGCCCCCGCAGCCAAAGACUUCAGAAAAUGAAAAGCACCUGGGUCCUUGCUUGGGUGAAUCACAGAAGAUUGAGGUUGUUCGUGAUACGAAUACCUACGUCGAUGAACUCAAAUCUUCUCAUGAUGCUCCAUCUGUCAAACAAAAGAGAUCAACAAAGCCACUAGAACGUACUUCUUCGAGCGUUGAUCCUGUAAGAGACUCAAAUGAUUCAGGUCCCUCAACAGCCCAAGCCGCAUCUUCAAACCAGUUCAGUCUUCCUACCAGAGUACGGAGUCGGCGUAAAAUAAACGCACCCAAACCACUGCUUGAGAAAGAUAUAGAGACUCACGAUGGCCUUAAAAAUGGUCAACCCAAAGUUUCCAUCCCUUCAUUCCAGGACCAAGCUCUCAUUCUUAAGGAGAAUCUUAGCAACUGUCUUUCUCGGUAUGAACUAAGGCGUUGGUGUGUCUUUGAGUGGUUCUAUAGCGCCAUCGAUUACCCUUGGUUUGCUAAAAGGGAGUUUGUGGAAUACCUAGAUCAUGUUGGUUUGGGUCAUAUCCCAAGAUUAACUCGUGUAGAGUGGGGCGUCAUAAGGAGUUCUCUUGGUAAACCAAGGAGAUUCUCUGAGCAAUUUUUGAAAGAAGAGAAAGAGAAGCUUAAUCAAUACCGGGAAUCAGUUAGGAAACAUUACAGUGAACUUCGUGCGGGUACUAGGGAAGGACUUCCAACAGAUCUGGCUAAACCUUUAUCAGUUGGGCAGCGUGUCGUUGCACUUCAUCCGAGGACAAGAGAAAUCCAUGAUGGGAAUGUGCUAACUGUUGAUCAUAAUAGGUGCUGCGUUCAAUUUGAUCAACCUGAGCUUGGGGUGGAAUUUGUCAUGGACGUUGAUUGCAUGCCAUUAAACUCAGCAGAGAAUCUGCCUGCUUCUCUUACCCGACAUGGUCUUGCUCUGAACAAGUUUAUAGAGAACUUGAAUGACUAUAAAAAAAACGGGUCACUGACCGAGAAAACAAUGGAAGGGCAUGCAAAGGUAAUCCAUCCAGAGAGCCUGGAAAACGCCAAUGGUUUCCCUCAUAUUCCUCCACCAAAUUAUCAUGUCACACAGCCUUCACAGGGGAUUCCUCUAGGUCUGGCUGCACCGGUUACUACUGGAUUUUGUGAAGCCAUUAGUCGCCAACAAGCGGCAAUCGCUCAGCCUUCUAUUCAUGCACACAUACAAGCGAAGGAAGCCGAUAUUCAAGCGCUAUCAGAAUUAAGCCGCGCUCUUGAAAAGAAGGAUGCCGUGGUAUCCGAAUUGAAGCGCAUGAACGAGGACGUGCUAGAAAACCAAAGCAGCAAUCUCAGAGAUUCAGAAUCUUUCAAGAAGCACUAUGCUGCAGUAUUGCUACAGUUGAAUGAAAUCAACGACCAGCUUUCUUCUGCACUCUUUAGCUUACGACAGCGAAACACGUAUCAAGUAGCUAUUCCAGCCAUAACCGUUGGUGAGCCGGUUCUGUACUACAGCUCGUCCAAUCACCCUGUUGAGGAGGUCCAAGAUUCUGGGGCUCAUGUAGCUGAAAUCGUUGAAACUUCGAGGUCGAAAGCCCAAAUAAUGGUCGAUGCAGCAAUGCAGGCCGUGACAUCUCUGAACAAGCAAGAAAGCGACAUCGAGAGUAUCGAGGAAGCCAUUGAUUUUGUCAACAGCCAGAUCUCCUCCAAUGAGUUAACCACACAGUUAGCUGCACCACCUAACCCAGUGAUUUCAGUUCAGGAUGCUACCGGAUCCCAAGAUCAGUCGACUCUCAAUGCAGUGGCCAACCACACGUUGGAUGCCAAGUCGUCGAACAACACGACUGACCUGAACGAAUCACAGAUUCCGUCGGAGCUAAUAGCACAAUCCGUAGCCACCCUGCUCAUGAUCCAGAAAUGUACGGAGCGUCAGUUUCCACCGAGCGACAUUGCUCGGGUACUCGAUUCCGCAGUAGCGAAUAUGAAGCCGUCGUGUUCGCAGAACCUUCCGGUUUAUGCCGAUAUACAGAAAUGCAUGGGUAUCAUACGGAACCAAAUACUGGCCCUCAUACCCACGUAACUUGGUAAUCGCAGAUUGUACGUUCAAUAUGUGAAAGAAAAAGGGGGAAUUGAAAAGAAAAAAAUUCUCCCCUUUUUGGUCCUUCUUUCUUCCUUUCUGUAAUUGAUCAAUUCUUCUUCCUUGUGUUUGUUCCCUGUAAUGUAUCAAUUGGAAGAUACAGAGAUGGGGGAAAAUAAUUGUGUACUUCUACGCCCCUGUUCUCAGUUAUAUAUAUGGAUAAAAAAAAAGUGCAUUGCUUCAAAAUUUGAAACCUCUGUUCGAGAUGGUGGAACCCGAUCGGUUUCGUUUCGUCUAUCAAAAUGUCAUGAACAUGUCAUUUGGUCGUGCAACGAACAUUUCAUUGUUUGGUUGUUCACUCGAAAGCAAAUGCAGUACCCUCGACAUUUUGCACCUUUGAUAAGACCUGAAUUUUGCGCGAAUUUCAGUGAUCAAUCAUUCAAACGAUGGAUAGUGCAGUACGCUCGACAUUUUGCACCUUCGAUAAGACCUGAAUUUUGCGCGAAUUUCAGUGAUCAAUCAUUCAAACGGUGGAUCGUCUGCAAUCUACUUGUCUCGUCAUGCGGCAUCGUGUACUCGUGUUGCAACUUGCAAAAAUCGCAAAGACUCGAAUAGUCAAAUGCCUCUCUUUCUCUCGUGGUAAAAAACUCUUAACAAUCUACACAUAAUAUAAUACACCGAAGGGAAAAAC